CCACGGAGGGUCCCGCCCCGCGCUCGCGGCCGCCUGACUUCCGGCGUGCAGCGCUCGCGCCUCCGUCCCCUGCACGCACUCGGGCCCAGAGGAGCGACCGGGCCGCGACUAUGAGUGAGGCAGAAGUGAACCCCAAAGCUUACCCGCUGGCUGAUGCACAGCUCACCAAAACGCUCUUGGAUCUUGUGCAGCAAUCCUGCAACUAUAAGCAGCUACGCAAGGGAGCCAAUGAAGCCACAAAAACACUGAACAGAGGGAUAGCAGAGUUCAUUGUGAUGGCAGCAGAUGCAGAGCCCUUGGAGAUCAUCCUGCACCUCCCUCUUCUCUGUGAGGACAAGAACGUACCUUACGUGUUUGUGCGUUCCAAGCAAGCUCUGGGCCGGGCCUGUGGCGUUUCCCGGCCUGUCAUCGCCUGUUCCAUCACCAUCAAGGAGGGAUCACAGCUAAAGCCUCAGAUCCAGUCUGUCCAGCAAGCAAUAGAAAGACUGUUGGUUUAAAUACCCCUGAGUUUGUGUGUGGAAUAGGAAGGUGGAGUCAGAGGGAAUUGAUGUCUAGCUUCAGUUGAAACCAUAGUUUUGAUAUCUGUGUUUCAUUUCAAAAUACCAAAUGAACUGUUUAACUAUGAAUUAAUUCUUAGUGUUUCUGCCUCUCUUCCCCCCUCUUUUCUAUUACUCCACUCCAACCCAUUCAUUCUUCUUGCAUUACUUCUUGAAAAGUGAUUCUACAACUGUAUUUCUUAUUUGGUGGUUAAAGGUUAACACCCC